UAAACAACCCUGUCAGGAGGAACGCGGGGGGACCUGUCGCUGGUGGCAGAAAUAUACUUAUUUACGAGUAAAGUGUAAAGUUGUAAGAAGACCGUCGCACUUUAAAAAGUAAACCGGACAGAUAGCUGUCCUGUCUCGAACAAAUUCAGAAUCUUUGUGUCAAAGAGAAGGAAGUUAGCUAGCCAGUGUAUGCAGCUAGCCCCUUCAGGCUGACGCUAGCCUCCCGUUUCACCUCUGCAUUGUGCCUCGUGAGUCAGUGCUGAUUGUUAUGCAGUUCCCGGAGGACUGUUGUCUCGGUCGUUUUCUUUCUCCUCCGCCACCUUGUCAGUCCCUCACCCUAGUCUCUCUGGCCCUAUGUCUCGGUGGCUCUUCCCUUGGUCAGGCUCGAUAAAGAAGCGGGCCUGUCGCUAUCUUUUACAGCAUUACCUCGGACACUUCUUGGAAGAACGUUUGAGUUUGGACCAGCUGAGUUUGGACUUGUACAAUGGCAGCGGUGUCAUUACAGAAAUCAACCUCGACGUGUGGUCAGUAAAUGAGUUGCUGGAUUCCCUCGCAGCCCCUCUGGAGAUCGUAGAGGGUUUUGUUCAGCGUAUAAAAGUAACAAUCCCAUGGGCAGCGCUCGUCACUGACCACUGCACACUUGAAGUCACUGGGCUACAGAUAACAUGCAGACCCAAGGACAGAACCAGUGGUACGUGGGACUCCCAAGGCUGGUCCUCAUGUAUGACUUCCAGCAUGCAGCUGGCCCAAGAGUGUCUGAAGGACCCACCUGAGGCAUCGGAAGAGCCGCCUGCUCCAUUGGAGGGGCUGGAAAUGUUUGCACAGACCAUUGAGACAGUUCUGCGACGUAUAAAAGUCACAUUUCUGGACACUAUAGUACGAAUUGAGCACCAUCCCCUUGACGCUAAGGAUGGGGUUGCCUUAGAGAUGCAAAUUAAACGGCUGGAGUACUGUGAUGAAGCUGUGAGAGACUCCAGCCAAACAGUGCCUGUAGAUAUCCACCAGCCUCCAGCCUUCCUGCAUAAAAUUCUUCAGCUCAACUCAGUACAGCUGCUUUAUGAGACUCUUGGAGAGCCACAGAGUCUUGUUCAUGAACACACUGAGGACUGUGAUGAUGAAGAGAAGGAUAGCAAACCCAAACCGUUACGGCCACAUCUUGGACCUCUAGUCAUUGGAAGCUGCUCUGGUUUCAUGGAGACCACUGUUAAAAUCAAGCAGAAUGACAUGCUUCCUGGGCCCAAGCUGGAGUUAGAUGGAAAGGUGGGGUGUCUACACUUGUUGCUCUCUCCCAAUCAGAUUACUAACCUAACGGACCUCCUGACUGCUCUUUGCAUUGAAACAGAGGGUAGCAGUAAUACACAUGGGGGUAAUGGUGCUCAUAGUAGGCCUCUGGGUUCAGAUGAUCUGAAGUUGAUAGAGGAGGACCUCAGUAAGCAACUCAGUGUGGAUUCAACAGAUCGAGAUCUGGAGCUAAACACAGAGCCUUACAUUUGCACCCUGGAAAAUGGAGAGAUGUUUUACUCUAUGGGACCUGGAUGUAUGACUAGCAGUGUGACGUCCACACGCUCAGGAAGUGAGCUCUCAGACAGUGACAUGGAGUCCUCAAUACACAGCCAAAGCAGCCUGGCUCCAACACACCCCCUGUCUCCACAGGGAAUGCUUAACUGCCCCAGACGUUAUCCUGUACCAGGAACUUUAUCUAGUUUGCCUCAAUGUAGCAAGUCGCCACGGCGAUCAACACACACUGGCCAGUCAGAAGCCAUGAAGCCUGAUUGUUUGCUCCGGCUUUCUCUGGGUGGAAUGACACUGGUCCUUCUGGAACAGGAGCCAUCUCAGGACCCUGAUGAUCUGUCCUCAAUGGCGAAGGUGUCCCAGGCGUUCUUCCAUGAGCUAGCUUUCUUCAAGGACAGCAUGUUCAGUGAAAGAGACUUUGAGAACCUGAGGGGUAGCUUUGCCAAAGCGUGCCCUCACUCACAUCUUAGGCUAACUGGGGCAGCGGUGCAGGUAGCAUGCGAGAUGCGUAGCUCUGGGCGUUAUGCCCGUUCUAUGACUUCUGACCUCUCCUUCAGCAGAUUGGAAUUGCUGGAGUGUCUUUGCGAGGCAGACCAACCCCAGUACACUGAGCUGUUGCAGUUCAAAAAUGCUGGUCACUUUACUGUGGGAGCGACUGCAAGACCUUGUGCCCAAAUUCACCACGUCCUGACAGAAAAACAGCAGCGCAAGAGUGGCUCAAAGCAGCGAAUAGUGCGCAGAGACAGCUCGUUACGUGUAGAGCUGGGUGAGCUCACCACUGAGAUAGACUUGGACAUACUGGGCAGACUGGACAGCAUCACACAGGCCCUGAGCCACUGUCCUAACCAGCCGAAAAAGCCAGGAAAUUCCCAGACACCAUUGCUGGAGCUGCACACCUCUCUUGUUCUCCUCUCUCCCCACGCUGUGCUGAAGCUUCGUUUUCCCAUUCCUGACCUCCGACCUUUAGAUCAGAGAAGACCUGUUAAUGAACAAGCUGUGCGUAAGGAGCUCCUGAGUCUGGAGAUGUGCAAUCUAGAACUGAAGUCUCAUCAGGGAUCGGACCUCCAGCAGCAGGUGCCAUCCACCUCCACAACUAAACUCACCAAGCUGCUGGAGGCAAGCUUCAAUGACAUGCAUGGAGUGUAUGAGGGCUGGGAGGGAGGCUCGUUCCCUUGCAUCUGUGUACAAAAGGGCUCCAACAUGCAGAACCCAGACAGCAUACCCAAAAUUGUGGUGUAUGUAAGUGGAGCAGCAGACUCAGAUGGUCCAGGGGGUGUAGGUGUUGGUAUCAACAGGGAUUUGGGGUUUGGCUUUGUGUCUAUGGAAAGUCCCUGUGAACUUAGAGAGAAAAACAGCUCCCCCUUCUCCUCCAACCGAACAAUGUUUGAGACCGAAGAGAUGGUAAUCCCUGCAGAUCCUGAGGAAAUGAAGGAAUUCCAGACUCAGUGUGUGGCUCAGAGUCAGUAUGUAGUGGAUAUCACACUCCCUGUGGCCUACAUCCUUUUACCCAGCAAAGAAGCCUUUCAAAGCAUCUACAACAGAAUCAAUAAUGAUUUGCUGAUGUGGGAGCCCCCACCUCCUCCUCCUCCUCCUCCUCAACCCCCUUCAAAGAUCACUCACAGCCCUGUGCAGCAGCGCAGAUCAGACGAUGACGAGUUUCAGCUCUGCAAAUCUGCCUUUAGACUUGAUUCCGAUUCGGAAGAGGAUGAACCUCAGUUCUAUUCAGACAGUGAGCCAAGGAAAACAGAGCAGUCAGAGCCUCAAUCAAACCACGCCCUCAGUUUUCUCAGUCUAACUGUACUGAUUGGCAAAGGUCGCCUGCAGGCUUUGACAGACAGUAAGAAUGAAGCAGGACGGAGGGUGGAACAGUGCCAUGGAGAACUGCUGCUAGAUUUAGAAGGCGGGAGGAUUUUCAGUGUUACCCAGCACCAGAAUAAUCCCAAUUUAAACUUUGUUACUAUAGAGAGCAAAAAAGUUGAACUCUAUCAUAAAGCGGAGGUCCCAGAUACCCCUUUCCCAGCGCGACUAGAAAUGCCCAAGUUUACUCCCCCAAGCCACCUGGACCCUACUAUUUAUCCCACAGAAGUGGGGGUAAGCGGUGUGGGGCGCAGAGGAGCAGGUGGUCAGAUGUUGUCGACUGCCAUCAAAAUCACGCUAGACCUCCAACGCAAUGUCAAGGAGUUCCUGGUUGCGUUACGGCUUCAAGGUGCUACUUUUAGACAUCAUAUGGCAUUGACCAAUCACAGUUGGCAUGAGCAGUUGGUUGAUUUUCUAGACGUCAUUGAUGAUGACAUUUUGGGAUACACACCUCCUGCAGUCAUCACAGUGUUGCAUACACACCUGGCCACCUGUGCAGUUGACUACAGACCCCUCUAUCUUCCAUUGCGAGUGUUGUUUACAGCAGAAUCCUUUUCUCUGUCCAGUAACAUCAUUGUGGAUACCGCCACCUUUCACCUCAGGUUCAUCCUGGAUGACUCUGCAUUGUACCUAACUGAUAAGUGUGAAAGUGAGACAGUGGAUUUAAGACGAGAUUAUGUGUGUGUAUUAGACAUUGAUCUUUUGGAGCUGGCCAUAACUACCUGGAAAGGCAACAACACUGGCAAACUGACUCAGCCACUGUUUGAGCUGCGCUGUUCAAAUAAUGUGGUUCAUGUGCACACCUGUGCAGACUCCUGUGCUGCUUUAGUUAAUAUGCUCCAGUACCUGGUCUGUCAAGGGGACCUGCACCCACCUCCUCGCCAUACUUGCCCUACUGAGAUUGCUGGACAGAAGCUUCCGCUCUCAGAAGCUCCUGCAUCAUUACCACCCUGUCCACCAGCAGAGACGGCCGAAAUUAAUCAGUGUGAUCUCACAGAUGCUCUGAUCGACACAGAACGAACGCUGUAUGAAGAGGAUAGAGAAUUUGCAGGCUCUCCUGCCUCAGUAAAGCGAGGCUCACCUGUCUCAGUGUACUUAUUUCCUGGGGAAGGCCCAAAAGCUAGAUUCUCUGUGCUAGAGGGCAAGGAGUCUGAACUUGAUCAUCUGGUAGUAACGGCCACCGAAGUACAUGACAUGAUCUCAGAGGAAUGUUCGGAAGGUUCCACUGACAAUGAUGACUUCUGUAUUUUAGAGGCUCCUGGUAUAGGCAUUCCUCCUAAGGAUGGAGAGCCAGUGGUCACAGUGUUGUCACAGAAUCCUAUAAAGGUUCGCGAUGGCUAUUUCUCUCGGCCACGGGGCAGUUCAGACCUCCUACGGGCACCAGCUCGCUUUCCUAUGCCUCAGAGCAGGGUGGUACUCAGAGAGGUAUCGGUAAUCUGGCAUCUCUAUGGAGGCAAAGACUUUGGAGGAAAACCCAUCUCUGCUCACACACAACACAGCCACAGGGGGCGCUCAGCACCUGCAGUAGCCCGUGGUUCUCCUUCGCGCUCUGCUGGCUCCUCCAGACCACAGAACACAUGGCGAUGGGUGGGAGGCAGUGGCCGGCUGCACUCCCUGCUCAUGGAAAUACAACUGACAAAGGUCAGCUUUCAGCACGAGUCAUACCCUGUGGUAGUGCCCCCCGCAGUCUCAGGGCAGGAUGGGGAAGGGACGGGACCGGGAGAGCAGCCUCUCUCACGGCAGGUGUUCAUAGUGCAAGAGCUGGAGGUCCGUGACAGACUUGCAUCCUCUCAGAUUAACAAAUUCCUCUACCUGUAUACCAGCGAGAGCAUGCCACGUAGAGCCCACUCCAACAUGUUAUCAAUAAAGGCUCUGCAGGUACUUCCUGAAUCUGGCUUGGGAGGUCCAGAGUGCUGCCUGAGAAUUAGUCUGCUGCCCCUCAGACUCAACAUAGAUCAGGAUGCCCUUUUCUUUCUGAAAGACUACUUUAGUAAUCUAGCUGCUGGGAUUAAUCCGUACUUACCUGUUGAUCCGGCUGCAGAAGUUAAAGCAGACUUUACUCAGAAGCCAUCAGAAGAAUUAGAGUCUGGCACCGGAUUGGGUCCUGAUCUUACUGCUUCUGUAGAGACAACGUAUAGUGAGCAGAGCUCUUCCUCUGCUGGUUCAACCUCUUCCUCUGACCAGCCAAUUUAUUUCAGAGAGUUUCGUUUCACCUCAGAAGUUCCCAUAUGGCUGGACUACCAUGGGAAGCAUGUGGCCAUUGAACAGGGAACAUUUGCAGGAAUUCUUAUUGGCCUGGCCCAACUGAACUGCUCAGAGCUGAAGCUGAAGAGGCUGUGUUGUAGACAUGGAUUGCUGGGUGUUGAUAAAGUCAUUCAGUACGCAGUGAACGAGUGGCUGACUGACAUCAGGAAGAACCAGUUACCGGGCAUUCUGGGAGGUGUUGGUCCUAUGCACUCUGUAGUUCAGUUGUUUCACGGAGUCCGGGAUCUGUUCUGGAUGCCAAUUGAGCAGUACAGGAAAGAUGGGCGUAUUAUUCGGGGUCUCCAGAGGGGGGCAGCAUCCUUCGGCACCUCUACAGCUUCGGCUGCGCUGGAGCUGAGCAACAGACUGGUGCAGGCUAUACAGGCCACAGCAGAGACAGUGUAUGACAUCCUGUCCCCAACUCCCCCCCUGACCCGUUGCAUCACAGAGGGGCGUCCUGUCUCCCGACCCAGACGCACGCCGCAACCAGCUGACCUCAGAGAAGGUGUGGCCAAGGCCUACGACACUGUCAGAGAGGGUGUGAUAGACACUGCUCAGACGCUUUGUGACGUGGCCUCUCGUGGGCACGAACAGAAAGGUCUUCCAGGAGCAGUGGGUGGAGUUCUGCGUCAGAUUCCCCCAACUGUCGUGCGUCCCUUAAUAGUAGCCUCUGAAGCCACCUCCAAUCUUCUAGGAGGCAUGCGGAACCAAAUCAAACCGGACGCACGGAAAGAGGACUUCUUAAAAUGGCGCACAGAAGACGGCCAUGAAUAACUAACUGCUAAACCGGCCUUUUUGCUAGUGAGAAUGUUAUCAUAGAGGCGUGAAUGUGUGCGUGUUUGUGUGUAAGAGAGUGAGUGAAUAAGAGGUAGAGGUAGAGAGAAAUGUGGAUAUCUCUGUGAGUAUUAAUACAAGGAAAAGGUGAAGGAAAGAAAUCUGCCACUCAUCACAACUGCACACAUGGUUUUAGUGGCUUUUACUUGUUAGUUGCACAUUUUCACACUCAUUGCACGGUCACUGUGCGCAUGCAGAAGACUUUGUAGGUAGCCAAGUGCAAUCCACCCGAUUUGAAAGUAUGCAAUCGUAUCGAUUCUGAACACCAACUACUACAGCAAACAAGGGUUUUUUUUUUUCUUUUCUUUUCUUUCCUCUUGGACUUCCACACUGGGUAUUGUUAUUCUGUAAAUCAUUUAAUUGUUCAGGAUUUCUUUUAUCCAUUAUAAGGAAUUAUAACCUUGAUUAAAAUGUCCAAAGUAGGAACUAAGGCUGCGUUUUUGUUAAAAAAUAAUACCGAAGGCAGUUUGUACGUGACCUUUCCAUAACACAAUAUAAAGUGUACCAGUGUGAUUCUUCUGCAUCCUGUGAAAUGACCUUUGACCACAUUAAACAACGCCUCUGGUGUAAUCGUGCCAUAAUUAUCAUCAAUUUGAAUGUUUAGUUUAUUCUCCUUUUGCCCGUAUCCAUGGGCCUGUGGCAUUUCCAUGCUAAAGUUCUAAUAUUUUAGCUUUUGUUACGUGUGUUUUUAGUUCUGCAGACAGGAAACUCAUAUUCAGCCUUGCUUGGAAUUGUUGUUUUUUUGUUUUUGUUUGUUUGUUUGUUUGUUUGUUUGUUUUAAUGUUCCUCAUUAUAAUUAACUGCUUAUCAUAUUCAUGCAGUGGUGUCAUAUUCAGCAGCUGAAAGAUUAUGUUUGUUAAUGCACUGUAAAGUAAGUGCAUGUGUACAUGUACACAGUGUCUUAUGAGUGGAUGAGUGAAGUUCUGCAUGUUUGUAGGUUGAGUGUUGUUACAAUAGGCUGUGGUUCUACAGGCUAUGAAAAUCAAAUCAUGGCUCUGACCGUGUUUUUUUUUUUUUUUGUAAUUAUUGCUAUAUCAUAAGCUGUAAGAUUAAUCUGUAUAAUAUCAAGACGAUGUGUAAACAGUUAUAUAUAUUAAAAAAAUCAAUAAAACCUGUACAUUG